AUGACGACGGAGAAGAUUCACCCCGAGUCUCCUGAGGAGUUCGAGUUCAUCGAGACUCCUCCGGCUUCUUGCAUCACUCCCGCGGAGCCAUGUGGUGUGCGGACGACAUCGUAUCCUGCUAUCAAGAAUGCUCCCGUUCCCGCCGAUUCUCCCGGCAGCGAUGGCUUCUCUAACAUCCUGCUCUUCUCUUUGCUCGUGCUCAUUCCGUGGUACCUGGCCCGCCAGGUUGGCGGUGGUUUCUACACCACCAUCUUCUUCGCUAUCUUUACCACGAUCCCCAUUCUGAUGGCCUUCUGGACUAUUGCUUCUUCCGUUUCUCCCCGUAAGAACGAGAAGGCCAAGUACGCUGGUCGUCCCGUCGAGCACUACCUUCAGUUCCACAGCGAGCAUGACCGUGCUGCCUACCGCGGCAAGAGCAAGAUCCCCAUGGAGGUCUUCUACGAGAAAUACUUCAAUGGCGAGGUUGACUUCAAGGGUGAUGCUCUUGAGUGUCUCGAGUUCCGUCACGACUGGGCCAACUUCCGCUUCACCAUGGGUCUCUACAAGCACUUCCUGUUUGGUUUCAUUCCCGAGUUGCUGAUUCACUCUCGUUCUCAGGAUGAAGAACAGGUCCGUGACCACUACGACAGAGGCGACGACUUUUACGCUUGGUUCUUGGGUCCUCGCAUGAUCUACACCUCCGGUCUGAUCGGUGACGUCAACAGAGAGGAGACUCUUGAGGAGCUCCAGGACAACAAGCUUGCGGUUGUUUGCGAGAAGAUUGGUCUUAAGCCUGGCGACACCGUUCUCGACCUCGGCUGUGGCUGGGGUACUCUGGCCAAGUACGCUUCGGUCCACUAUGGCGCUCACGUUACUGGUAUCACUCUUGGUCGUAACCAGACUGCCUGGGGUAACAAUGGUCUCCGCAAGGCCGGUAUCGAAGACUCUCAAAGCCGCAUCCACUGCUUGGACUACCGUGAUGCUCCCCGUGUAUCCGGAGGCUACAAGAAGAUCACUUGUCUUGAGAUGGCUGAGCACGUCGGUGUGCGCCACUUCUCCAGCUUCCUGUCCCAGGUCUACGACAUGCUUGAUGACGACGGUGUCUUCUUCCUGCAGAUCGCUGGUCUCCGCAAGUCUUGGCAGUACGAGGAUCUCAUCUGGGGUCUUUUCAUGAACAAGUACAUCUUCCCCGGUGCUGACGCUAGCACUCCUCUUGGCUUCGUUAUCGACAAGCUCGAGGGUUCCGGUUUUGAGAUCAAGGGUGUUGAUACUAUUGGUGUUCACUACUCUGCCACUCUCUGGCGGUGGUACCGUAACUGGAUGGGCAACCGUGAGAAGGUUGAGGCUAAGUACGGCAAAAGAUGGUUCCGCAUCUGGGAGUACUUCCUUGCUGCCUCCACUAUCACUUCCCGCCAGGGUGGUGCUACCUGCUGGCAGAUCACUCUCGUCAAGAACAUCAACUCCACCCACCGUGUUGAGGGUAUCAACUCGCAGUACGGUCUUACCGGAGCCCGCCAGGCCUCCAUUGACAACGUUGGCAACGGCAGCGUCCCUAGCGCUCACGUGCCUACUGUUACCAAAUAA